GGCGAGGGCGCCUCCGAAAUCCCAUGGAUCAUAGAUUUGAGCGACUCCCGGGAAGAGCGAGCUAGAAAGGGUCUGCUCUUCCGGGUCAGGUCUGCGCGAAGAAACUCCAGAUCUCAGUUGUCCCAGCUUCCGUUUGGGAGAACAGAACCGCCCCCUUCCCGCGCUCCUCGGCGUCCCGGGCCCGCCCUGACGCUGGCGGUGACGGAUGGCGGCGGCGGUAGAUUAGGGCCGUGGGUCAAAGCAGGCACAGCCGCUGGGGGACCCUGUCGGAAGCAACUGCCGCUGUCGCCGCCACUUUCAUCUCUUCUGGGGCAGGGGCCAGGGCCAGGUGAGGGGAGUGGGGUUCUGGGCACGCAGAGCUGGGCUAGGAGGCGGUUUCACCUCCGUAGGACGGUGUCCAGAGACUGUGCCGACCCCACCGGCUCCCCAGUGGUCCCAGCGAAGCGUGAGUUUUAUACACCUGUAAGUAGACCUCUUUGGAGUUCUGCCAGCCAACUCAAUGGCGUCCUCUACUGCUGUGCCUCUAGGAUUUCACUAUGAAACAAAGUAUGUUGUUCUCAGCUACUUGGGACUCUUCUCUCAGGAGAAGCUGCGGGAGCAGCAUCUUUCCUCAUCCCAAGGGCCUCAGCUAGAUAUAGCUUCACAAUCUCUGGAUCAAGAAGUUCAAUUAAAAGUUAAAACUGAAAUUGAAGAAGAGCUGAAGUCUUUGGACAAAGAAAUUUCUGAAGCCUUCACCAGCACAGGCUUUGACCGUCAUACUUCUCCAGUGUUCAGCCCUGCUAACCCAGAAAGCUCAAUAGAAGACUGCUUGGCCCAUCUUGGACGGAAAGUGUCCCAGGAACUGAAAGAGCCUCUGCAUAAAGCAUUGCAAAUGCUCCUCAGCCAGCCAGUGACAUAUCAGGCUUAUCGGGAAUGUACACUGGAGACUGCAGUUCAUGCCAGCGGCUGGAAUAAGAUUUUGGUGCCUCUGGUUUUGCUACGACAAAUGCUUUUGGAGUUGACAAGACGUGGUCAAGAGCCCUUGAGUGCACUGCUACAGUUUGGUGUGACUUAUCUGGAGGACCAUGCAGCAGAGUACAUCAUUCAGCAAGGUGGCUGGGGCACUGUUUUUAAUCUCGAGUCAGAGGAGGAGGAGUACCCUGGAGUCAUUGCAGAAGAUAGCAAUGACAUUUAUAUCCUGCCCAGUGACAACUCUGGACAAAUCAGUCCUCCAGAGUCUCCAACUGUGACCACUUCUUGGCAAUCAGAGAGCUUACCUGUCUCCCUGUCAGCCAGCCAGAGUUGGCACGCUGAAAGCCUGCCAGUGUCCUUAGGUCCUGAGUCCUGGCAGCAGAUUGCCAUGGAUCCUGAAGAAGUCAAAAGCUUAGAUAGCAAUGAAGCUGGAGAGAAGAGUGAGAACAACUCUUCGAAUUCUGACAUUGUGCACGUGGAGAAAGAAGAAAUCCCCGAGAGUGUGCAAGAGGCUGCUGCAGCUUCUGCAGGCUUGCCGGCCAGGGAGCUGCAAGAGGCAUUCUCCGAAACCCCAGCCCCUUUGCUUCCACAUAUCACUGCCACUUCCAUGCUGGAGACAAGGGAACCUGACGCAGAAGUGGUUGCAGUUGAGAAAACCAGCCCUGCUACAUCUUUGUUUGUAGAGCUUGAUGAAGAAGAGGUGAAGGCAGCAACAACUGAAGCUGUUAAACUGGAGGAGGAGGUGGUCCCUGCACUGGAGCCCACAAAAACACUGCUGAGCAAAGGGGAGAGAAGUGUCAGGAAAGAGAGUCUUAGAGCAGAGUCCUCCCUGGCUAGAGAAGAGAAGGUCAUCCCACUGUCUGAGGGCAAGUCUAUACUGCUGUUUGGAGGGGCCGCUGCUGUUGCCAUUCUAGCAGUGGCAGUUGGGGUAGCACUGGCUCUGAGAAAGAAAUAGCAGGAUUUCCAGAAGAGAAAGAAGACAAAAAGGAUCUAAGUUUUAGUUGUACUGAUAGGAAUUUGAACCGCCCUUCAGGAGCUGAUUGGACAUUUAUGGAACACUCUGGGAUAAUGGAGACUUCCAUCAAACAAAGCAAGGGGAUUGAUCCAUACUUUAGGGCUUGAGGUAAAGGGAGUUUGUGUUUGUCUGAUCAUAGGUUGCAGGGGUUUGGGCUCAUGCUAGACUGAGAAUCAUGUGAGUGAAGUACUCCCUCUAGGACAAGGUCUCUCAACCUUGACAUUACCGACAUUUUGACAAUUCUUUGUUCUAAGAGGCUGUCCUGUGCAUUAUAGGAUAUUUAGCAACAUCCCUGGCUUCUACCCACUAGAUGCCAGUAGUACCCUCCCCCUAGUUAAGUCAACCAAAACAUCUCCAGAUAUUGCCAAAUGUCCCCUGGGGGGCAAAAUUUUCCCAUUGAGAGCUACUGCUCUAGAGGGAGAGGGUUAAUUUAGGAGAACCUGGGAGAGAAAUUCCUAGGCAAGAGGGCUUAGCUGUGGGCUCUUCAGCUACUGACUUGUCAGCUCUUCAUCCCCUUGUAAUUUCGUCUUUCCUAAUGAGCAGGUGGAAUUUUGCAGCCACUCCUUUUGGCCCUUUUUCUCUUCCCACCUUUGUAGUCCUGUAGCAUGAGGGCAUUCUCCCUUAUGUCUCAGCUGCCUCAGGUACUGCACUGCUCCUCUUCACCCCAUGUUCCUUCUGAGAUCCCGUGGGAGUGCUUGCUCUGUACUUCUGCUCAGACCCACCUUGUAAAGAUGCUGCCUUUAGGAAUCUUUUAAAAAAAUUAAAUUUAAAAAUAGAAUAAAAGAGACCUAAGGUUUCCUGCCUACGAGUGCCAAGGGUAAAUAACCCUGGCCAGAGAAAGGCAUUUGUCUUGUGUAGAGGCAGGAGGAUGGCCUAAAUGACCUAUUCAGGUCUCUUCUCGCCCUUUUUGUCUGUGGUCACCCCACUUACCUUAUGGUUACGUGCCAGCCAGCAGUGUUUGUGUUGUUGGAUGGUCACUGCCUAUGACCCUGAACUAGUAUGCUUUUAUCUGGCCUCAGUCUGACUACUAGUCAUCCAGCGCCUCUGUGGGUCUUUUGCCAUGUAGUAAGGAUUUCCAGACUUGGGCUUACAGAACCAUCUGAAUCAUAAUUCUUAUUAAACACAGAAAGUCUCCUAAGUAUCAUCAAAAUAAAAGUGGGAAAAGAGAGGCUUCCAUUUCAAAACUGAGGCUACCCUCAAAAUUCUAGUCUGGCUUUCAGAGUUCAAGAACAGAACCCUCUUAGUCUGAACUCUUCACAGCCCAUAUGCCAGAGUGAUAGACCAGAAUGAUCCCAGUCAGUGUAUGCUAGUUGUGAGUCGGCAUACUUUUCUCUCAUCCCGCCAACCUCUUGUCCCUAAAGGAGGGGUGGAGCUGUGUCCUUUCAUGCCUGAGGACCCAGUGUCACUAUGGAGGGCAUACAUACUAGGUACAGAAAGUCAUCUCGGAUUUAUCGCAGUAAAUGUAACAAAUUACUUUUUAGGUCCUGAAGUUUAUAAUAAAAUUACUUUACCUUCCCUGAUCACCCAAACUUGAUGUUUUAAAUGUGCUUUCUUUUUGACAUUUGUUUUAUUAUUUUUUUUUUUAAUUAAACCUUCCCCAUUAAAAAAAAAAAACCCACUGUCGUCGAGUCCGUUCUGACUCAGCGACCCCAUAGGACAGGGUAAAGCUGCUGCAUAGGGUUUCCAAGACUGUAAAUCUUUAUGGAAGUAGACUGCCACAUCUUUCUCCUGAGGAGCAGCUGGUGGGUUCAAACCGUCGACCUUUUGGUUAGCAGAUGAGCGCUAUAACCAUUGUGCCACCAGGGCUCUUUCUCCCUAAAGCAAUACUAUUUAAAAGGUGGUAAAAAAAAAAAAAAAAAAGAUCUGAAAGUAUGUUUGUGUGUCUGUUACAGCUCAACGAUGCAAUGUAUCUUUAUGUUCUGAGUUUUAGUGCCCCAUUUUGGGAGUGAUGGUUUUAAGGGCUUGGGUGCACCUUGGUUAAUAGCUAGAGGUGAGGGAAAAAAUGGUAUUAGUGAAGUAAAGAACCUUUUUUCCCUUUGGCGUGCAUUUUAAUCGCUAUUCAUAUAGGUUAAUAGCUGAGAAAACUGGUAUGUUAUUUUUUUUCCUUGAAAAAUAAAUAUAUUCCUUCCAGUGUUGAACACUUUUAAACCCUGGACCUCAAACCCGCUGACAGUCGCUAAGCACAUUUAAGCACUGUUAGAAGCCGGGUUCGUUUCUGAGCUGCAAAAAUGACAUCUUCAGCUUAGGAUAUCUGGGACUGUUUUCCACAAAAGGAAAGAAUAUAAGGCAGUACGAUAUUGAUGGUGAUGCUUGCUGCGUUAUUUCCCCACCUGUCGAACAUUACCCCGAACUAUUCUGGCCAGUUGUAUCUUGCUGGGUAGUGGCAAACACCCCUCUCCACUGGCUUUCUCCAGACAGGCUCUUCCGUGAGACCAGUUGCUGUCGAGAGAACCAUGCUCCACAGGGUUUUCAGUGGCUAAGUUUUUCAAACGUAGAUCACCAGGACUUUCUUCCAAGGUGCCUCUGGGUGGACUCAAACCUCCAGCCUUUCAGUUAGCAGCUGAAUGUGUCAGCCGAUCUUCCGAAGUUCCCGAGUAAUGGGAUAGGUCAGUGUCCUCAUUCCUCCUCAUUUCCUUCCCCUCUGCCUCUGGCAGCGGACAGGCUUAGCCCUAAUGAGGGCUGCUGCUUACAGUAGCUCCUGGUUGUUGCUCUUUUAAAAACUUAUUCCUCGGCUUCCUGCCCCCUUUUUUGGUGGGGGUUGGUAGUAGGAGGCUAUUCAUUCUUGCCCCCUGAUUUGUAUAGCAUCUAAAUCUAAGGUAAAGGAAAGAUUAGAAUAAAUCCAACUUGUUUAUGGAACUCAAAUGUCAGAAUUAAGAAUUUCAUUUCCUGUUUAUUAUUCCUUAGUCUUUGAACUACUGAGGAAAAGUUUUAUUGGUAAGUUCCCUAGAACUCUUCUUUACUGCUUUAUUGAAUGUAGUGAUUUCUGAUCACUUGGCAAGAAGCCAGUGAAGGUCUCUUGAGAAGAAUACCAGAACUAAAGAAUGCCAAUUUAUCAUGUAUCUUCUCUGUACUAAAGUGAUAAUAUUCUGGGCCUACAGAAAUCAGCCAGUGCCUACAGUGUGCCUUAGCGGGGUCUCUCCUGAUCACCCGUGCCCUUUAGAGAGCUUUCUAAUAAAGAAAUGCAACUGUCGACCUUCUGGUUCCCACAUUCUCCACCCAAAGGCAUCCCUGAUACCUCCUCUUGCCUCUAUUUCUGACCCGUCUGUUACAUCAAAUACAGCCACUACCUAGGCUUGUCCUGAGGGGCAUAAGCAGUAAAUCCAGAAACAUAGCUACCGUUAAUUUCCUAUGGAAAUUCAUUUUCUCAGCCUUUGUGCUAAUGUCCUGUACUAAUAUAAAAGCAAUGCCUGCUCCUUGCCUUUUUCUCUAAAGGCAUGUCACGAGAACAGAUAUACUACACAUAGAAUUUCUUCAAUUAUUUUGAGAUGUUUCACAGAAAUGAAAGGUAUUAUGGGUAAGAAUUUUGUUUCCUUCUUUUUAUCAUGUCUUUUCACACAAACUUAUCUCUCAAAGAAUCUGAGGUGGUGAUCACAUUCAUUCAUUGUAGGCUAUCUGAUCGUUUAUAAAACCAACUUAAAGCCGCCAGACUAAUUCACCCACAGGCAUUAUCUCAUUUAGUCUCAGCAACACACUUGAUGCCAGAAAAGUGUUUCCUCUUCCCUGGAAUAACAAGAUCUGUCAUUAGUGAUAACUCCUGUUAAACCAUUCAUCAAUGAGAAGGUUCAGCUGGGAUUGGUUAGAGUUUUGGGUGCGUAUUUUUUCCAUAUUAGAAUAUCCUUUUCCCAAAAGUCCUUUGUGUAAAUAAUAUUUUUAUCAAAUAUUAAUUGGGCAUUUGCAGUGUAUCAGAGAUUGUUCUAGUUCUGUCACAUACCUAAUUUCACCUUCAUAGCUCUAGUAAAAACCAAACCAAACCUGCUGCCAUUGAUUCCAACUCAUAGCAUCCCUAUAGGACAGAGUAGAACUGCCCCGUAGGGUUUCCAAGCAGUGGCUGGUAGAUUCGAACUGCUGACCUCUUGGUUAGUAGCUGUAGCUCUUAACCACUGCACCACCAGGACUCUGUAGCUUUAAUAGCUAUUGAUACUCCUUUUAUUCCGACUUUACAGGUUGAGGAAACCUAAUUAUAGUUUAUUAACUUUUCCAAAGUCUUUUAGCAUGAGAAGCAAGGCAAUGAUUUGAAUUUUUCUGACUCCAAGUCUAGUGCUUUUUCCCGUUGUUACCAGUUAUUUCUGUGACCCUGCAAAGCACCGUUGGCGCCCUGUGCUCCACUUACCACACCCUGUGCCCUAAUGUAGGUCUACCUGGGUCUCACCUGGGAGGAGCGCCAUCAAGUUUGUACGGAAGUACUGUAGGGUUCAAUGGCAGCUCUCGAGUAUGUUAUUGUACAGAAAAAUGGGAGUGAACGUUUUGUUUAGGGCUGUUUCCAACUUCUGAUGGUACCAGCUGUUUUCUCUAGAUAGCGAAUGAGAUGCCUUUUAGUUAGAGAAUUAACAGUUACCCCUGGUACAGAUCUUUUCAUUAGCUUUUCUUGGUUAAUGCGUUAAAUGUUUUUGCUUUUUAAUAGGAUUAGGCAGUCUGGCACGGGAACCACCACCGAGUGCGAAGUGAGGCAAUUGAAGGCAGCACCAUGACACUUUUCUUUUCCCUCUUCCCUUUCUCCUAACGUGUUCCCUUCUGUUCCUCCUCUCCUGCCUAUGCCUUGAACCUGGAGUGGAAAUGUGGGGCCCAGAGGGGGGUUCCCCUAGAACAAGUGAUACCUCUAGGCAUCACUUGGCCUCUAGAUACUCAAAGAGGUCACUGACUCAGUAAGGAGGGUUGACUAGACAAAGCCACAGGCACAGCUUGUUCAGAAACUGGCAGUAGGUGACUUCCAGUGAAAGAUCACGUACAGCAUUCCCCACUACCCUGAGGAAUGUAAAAUCGAUAGUAGCCUUGGCUAUAGAAUACUGAUUUCUCAAAAUUUAGUAUUUUAGUUAGCUCAGAUAUAAAGCUCCAUGGAGUUGGAAACCAUCAAUUCUGUCUUCCCACAAGACUAAACCUCAGCCUGUAUCGUCAUGUUCAGUGGAUUAAAACCAUCAGGGUCCUUCACAUGUUUGUUCACAGAGUCCUAGCCAGGCAGCUGCUUCAUAGUUAGCUCAGGUUGGAAUUGUUCUCAGGGAUAUUUGCAAGGCCUUGUAGUAAGUUAAAAAGUAGCAGCAGGGUCAAGGUGAUUCUUACCCUGUUCUCACUUCUAAGUGGAAGAUUUUAAAGUGAUAACCACUCACUUUAGUGAGUAUUCUUUGCACCAUUGGAAGAAAUUGGUUAAUACACAGUUUAGAACAAAAGUUCUGACAUUUUAGGAUUAGUUUAUUGCCUCCUUCCCCAGAAAUAAAGGAAGUUGAAGUACAAUCUCCCUGUUACAGAAUCUGGAAUAACUCAGUUCUGUUGAGUUCUAGCAAGAGAACUGUAUUAUGUAGAUCGUUCCUGGGCCUGCACUAAAGAAAAUAAUUUUUUUCUUACACUUGCAUUUUUCCUGCUGUUGUCUUCCACUUCUUUCUUCAGAUUAAAAGUGCCUCUUCCUAACUCGUUACUCAACUGAGUUCAGUUAUUGGUUCUAGUGCUCUCAGAAAUACUGGAAUCAAAUGGAAAUUUUGAUAAUGUAGUUAAUACAACUAUUUCACUUAAGCAAUAUGUAUCCCCCUUUUCUGUUUAAGUACCAUUAGCUCUUCUUGUUACAGUUCUGAUUUGCCGAAUUUAUUAUCGUGGAUUAGUCUGGCUCCUUUUGCCUCCUGCUUGCCUGCCUUUUGACCAUUCUACUCUUCAUGAGAGGGAAGAAACCCAGAAGAAUAAAAAUUCGAAUCUAUGAAUUGUGCUUUCUGUUAGAAGCAAUGUAUUGGGGAAACCACAUUGGAGGUUGUAAUAAAAUGAGAUUUGAAGAUAA